GGACCGCCGUCUCGCGAACGCCGCUCGAACGGUCCCCUACGCGGUUCGGUGUGCGCUGCUUUUGCCGAUGUAAUGCUCGCGAUCGGUGCUGGAGGUGCGGGCCCGAGCCUCGGAUAUGGAAAUCGCGGAUUUCGUGCCUAAAAACUAGUGAAUUCCUGGGAUGCAUGUCAUUUGAUGUCAGAAAUGUUACACAAGAGGGAAUCGCCGGCUCAUUUGGACUUCUACCUCAGUCUGCGGGUCGUUCGACGAACGCGCCGAUAACACGACAUCCGCAGGAGACGCGACCGACGGGCCGCAAACGGGCGAAAAUGUGCGAAAGCCAGUCCAGCAUCGACGAGCUGAUCAGCCUCGACGAGCUCGACGGCGACCUCAAAAGGACCACCUCCAAAACGGUGCUCAACGAACAGCAGAAAUACGCCGAUGAAAAUCUAUUCCUAAGGUAUCUGGAAUUGGACCCGGUGGACGGUCCGGACGCCUCGUCGGCGGCCACGCAGCGGAAGGCGACCGGCAACAAGAACGGCAGGACGCCGUUCACGUGCACGAAGCGGCUGAGCAAGCCGCCCAAAUCGGGGUUCGGCUUCUCGGUGGUAUGGACGCACCCGCCGAGGAUAGAGCGCGUGGAGAAGGGCCUGCCGGCCGACAAGGCCGGCAUCCUGCCCGGCGACUAUCUCAUCUUCGUCGACAAACACAACGUGGUCAUGAUGCCCGAGAUCGACAUCUUGAAUCUCAUCAGGUCGUACGGGAGUCAAUUAACGUUGGAGAUAUUCCGGAGGAACCCGUCGCGCAACGGCUCGGUGCCGAGCGUGAAGAGGCUGAGCGCCCCGUUGGCGGCGUCGAUGAGCCUGGGCGGCGCGGCGGCGUUGCCGGCGACGGCGUGCCCGAACUCGGCGCCGCAGCGUCGGCCGUCGACGGUGUGCUCGACGAACACGGCGUCGGGGGAGUACAACCGGAGGAAGCUGCACCUGCCGCAGGUCACGUUCAGCGCGGAGAAACAGGCCAACAACCCCGAAGAAAACAGAAGAAAGGCCAUAUACCAACUGAUCAGCAAAGAACAACAAUACGCCACCGGUUUACAAUUCGCCAUUACAAGAUUCGUUUCCUCCUUAGCCGAGAGAAAAGAUCUAAUUACACCGGCAGAACACCGAAUGUUGUUCCAAAAUAGCGAAGAGCUCCUCCGGAUAACCGAAGACAUCCUGGACCAGCUGGUGCAAGACGACGGGGAACCCCAGGUCCACAUGCUGGCCAAAACGUACUUUUCCAAGCUGCAAGAGAUCACCACGGCGUACAAGAGGUACUGCUCCGGCAUCAAGAAGGCCGAUUGCAUACUGGCCAACAAGACCAAAAGCUGCAAUUCGGAGUUCUGCAGAUUCCUGCAAGCGCCGCAGAUACCCCGACGGAGGCCGGACAUCACCACCUUCAUCCACAAACCCCUGGAGCACUACAGGGAAAUUCUGAAGCUGCUUACAACGAUACAAAGCUUCACCAAACCCAAUCAUGAUGACCUUCCUGUGAUAAACCAAGUAGUACACGACUUACAGUUAACUUAUAGAGAAAUUACUUCCGAGGCGGGACUGAUGGAGCCACUGGGAGAGGGUAGACCCUUGCUGACAGUACAAGAUUUAGAAAAUAGGAUAGUUUUUACCAAAUGCAAACCCUUCGUGCUGAACAAGCCCGGACGGCAAUGGAUCUUCGGCGGCGAUUUGACCCGGAUCGAAGGCAGGAACGUCCGGCAAUACUGGACGUUGCUCUUCAGCGAUCUGCUGUUGUUCGCCAAAGCCUCCAGGGAUCGAGUGUUGUUCGUCAUGGAGGACCCGAUACCACUCAAUCACAUUACCGAUAUGUUCUUCAACGUGAGGAAAAAAGACACGGAAUUUCGGAUCAACGUCAGCCCGGAAGGUAGGACGGCGACCAGUCCGACGGUCCAUUGCGGACCGGAUCUGUCGAGGACGCCCAAGAGGAGCGCUUCGAAAAAGACUGUGAUCUUGAGGGCGCCCACGGCCGAGCUGAAGGCCGUUUGGCAGAACCUGUUGCAGAGACAAAUCUUUCAAUUGACCGCAGGCAUGGACGGCAGCUCCGUCAGUUCGCCAUUAGAAUCGCCGGAGGUGCCGCUCACCACGUCGGUGGUGACGCUGCAAUCGGCCGAAUCGCUGUCGAUGCGUCGCCAGCCGACGCCGCCCCUCGACCGGAUCGAGCGCCGCGAGCGCGACCUCCAGCAGCAGAUCGACGCCCUCAUCGAGCUCAAGUGCACCGAGCUGAGCAAAAGCGCGACCAACGCCAAGUGCAACGCGCUCCACCUCGAGCACUGGAUGAAGGGCCAGCUGCGCGCCGGCCAUCCGCCGGCCACGCCCGACGACGAGCCGGACCCCGUCGAGGAGUGGACGCCGGAGAUGCUGCGCAAGCGCUCCGAGGAGCUGCGGCUCGUCGACGCCGACGGCAACGUCCGCGGCGCCGAGCCGAAGGACGCCCGGCGGCGGGACAGCGGCGGGUGCGAGGAGACGGCGUCCGAUCUGGAGCGCAGCCCGUCGAAGAGCACCACCACCGAGAGCCAGAUUACCGUGAGGUCGAGUCCUUUGAUGCCGGAGACGGUGUCGGUUUGUCGCAAAUGCCACAAGACUUGCUUGAGCAACAACGGUACCAUAAACGGCAGCAGCAGGAACUUAAACGGUUGCUCGACGAAGCUCAACAAAGACAAAAACGAUAACGAAGAGGACGAUUGGCAAGCGUUUAUGUUAGUAGCGAAUCCUGCUACGAAAUUGGUACAAAUCGACCCAUUCUCGGUACCGUCGCUUCCUAAAAUCUCAGUGGUGCCCGCCACGCCGGACAGUUCCAUCUCCAAAACCAACUCGGACACCAAAAUCGAAUCCGCUCACCUCCACAACAACAACGAGGCGGAACGAACGCCGGACGACUCCCCCGAAUCCGAAGAGCACCCCUACCAUUCGCUCAGCAGCUCGAUGGCGACGCUGCGGCGCUUCGGCACCGUCUCCAGCCUGGAGCGGCUCGCCUCCGACGACUGCGAGAACAACGAGGAGGACGAGGAGGAGGAGGAGGAUUGCAACGGCAUCGACAACGAGGCCUUCAACCACUCGGUGAUCAGGCACUGGACCCUGAAGGCGGGCUCGUUCGUCGCGGAGAAGAUGGCCUUCUUCGAGGACUACAGGAGCGUGGGGUUCUUCGACAGGUACCUCAGAUCGUCGGAUAAUCCCGUCAACGGGGAGGAGAUGCAGGAGGAGGAGACCAGCGGUGGCACCUCCGGUGAGGAUAUUUGGGGGACUCCCACCAGCGGCGGGGAGAUCGACGAUAAUCUGUAUUCGCCCGGUUACGAAGACAGGCAUUCGUCGAACGGUGGAUCGCUGUCGUCCGAUUACGGCGAUGAGACGGAGAUCAUGAUGGACGAGCUGCUGAUGACGCCGCCCAUCAGCGGGGCCGUGAUGCGGGGCCUCCUGCCCAGGAGGACCCUGGAGCCUUUGAUCGAGGAGGAAUGCUCGGAGACCUCCACCACGUCCUCGAUAGAGUCCAGCAGCGAGCCUUCGGCGUCUCCAGAACAGGGCAACGAAAUUGGAAGUGCUGCUGACACAUGUUCGGCUGUUGCGGCAAAUCGAAGGGCGGACGACGCCGGUCGGGCUACGCCGUCGUCUGCCGUCUCGACGCCGACGACGGAGGUCCCUUCGGCGGCGAUCCACCGUUCGGAGAGCUACAGGCGUAUCGUCGAGGCCGCCGAAAACGAAGGCAACGAAGAGCGAAGCGUAUUUUUCUUCAGUCGCUUCCGGCCGGCCAUCAAGUUCGUCAACAUCGAGCGGGUGCCCAAGGCCAAGAGCAGCAAAAUUUUUGAGUUUUUUAAUAUGCGUAAACCAGAGAGAAGAAUCUACGAAACCUACCCAGAAGGUGGUCAUCUGAUGAGGAUGUUCGAUAACGAGGAUUCCCAGUCGGAGGACUCUCCGUGCAAGUGCUCGCCCAAACAACUGUCGCCUAGAAUGGAUAAAGAUAAACAGCUGGAUAGGAGAUUUUGGAAGCAGCUGAGUAAAAGACGAGGCAGCAAAGGAAACGUCCCGGCCUAAAGCGGUUGUUUUACGCAGGAAAAUGCUCAAGGAAACCGUAAAAAAAUUCCGAGGAAACGUUACGAAUCGGUUUUUACGAACGUGCAAAGUCAAUUUUAAAUUACAAAGUGGCAAAAUCCACAACCAUUAUGUAGGUACGUGUAAAUGUGCGAUAAUAAACAUGUAGGUAUAUUUAUUUUUAACGGAAUUCUAACCUUUCGAUUUUUAGAAAUCCAUCUUAGUGGUUUUGGUUUUUGUUACUGUUUUAAAUAAAUGACAAAUUUGUCACUAUUUAUUAACAAAAAAAAAUUAGGUGUUUAAAAUUUGUAGGUAAGGGUUUUGAGAAUUGAAUAUCUCGGUCAUUUAACGUCAAUUAAAAUCAUAAACAAUUCCUAUUUUUUACGUACACUCAAAUAUACAGGGCGAUCAAGAUACUUCCUUAAUUAAUGUCUACUCUACACAGCAGUAAAAACAGAGUUACAUUUUAAACUACAGGGUGAUCCAUUAUUGUGUAAAGAUAUUUUUGUUUUAUUCGAUAAUCUUUGAUCCGUAUUUAAUCACCUUGCAGAUAUUCUUGUCUCAAAAACCUCUUGUGAUAGAGGUAGAACGAGUCAUUUGUUAAACAUAGCACGGCAAAAACAAUACAAGUAAGCAGUUUGGAAAUUGCGAAUCGAGUGGAAAAUUUGUCAUCAGAAGGUUUGAAAUAACGUCGAAACGAAUCAAAAACUCGCUGUGAAAUCCGGUUAUUUCAUUCCCUCAAAAUUUCGCUAUUUUUAAAAAAAACAUUCCUAAUGCCUUGUAAGCUUAUUUUCGGCUCUAAUAAUAUAGUGAGAUCUUUUUAUUAAGCUUUAAAUAAUUGUUAUCGUCCACUUUUUAUAAAGUAAUUUAUUAGAUAGCCAUUACUGAAAGGAAUAUUCUCUCUAUAAGUGACUUUUAGGCGUAAAAAAAUACAAAAAAAAAUGUAUUAUUAUAGUUACUAACAAAAUGAUAAAAUCCGUCACACGUGUCAAUGUGAUAUAACAAACAUUUUUGUAUCCCUACGUUAAAAAUAAAAGAAUGAAGUAAUAUAUGUUAUAUUAUUUCACCACACAAAAAAAAGUAAAACCAAAAGUAAUCAAAAAGUAAUUUUAUAAAUCAGAUAUACAGAAAAAAAUUUAAAUAAUCACAAAAAAAAAUAAAUAAAUAAAAAAUGUAGAUAUAUAUGGGCAAAAGUUAAGAAGACUCCUCCGCCUUGGGCGUAAUCUCGACGCCAUCGCUCGCCCCUUUACCCUGCUUCUUGGCGUGCUGCUUCCUAAUGUAAUUGACCAACUUGCUGCCGAAGUUCCACUUCUUCUUCUUGAAGUCCGCCGUCACUUUGAGCGUGCGAUAGCACUCCAUCAGCGACUUCCCCGACGAGCCGGCCAGCGGGAACGUCAUCGUCUUCUUGGCGUCCUCGGCGCGCUCCUUCGUCGCCGACAAGGCCACCUCGUCCAGCGAAUCGUUCUCGCCGCCGGUCGACGACAGCGCCACCGUGGAGGCGGCGUGCGGCAGCGGCGCCGGCUCCUCCGGCCCGCCGGCCUUGAACGGCGGCUCGUUGCAGUCGAGGUCCACCACGCGCAGGAUCUUCUCCGACUUGCAGUCGCGCGCGUCGUCCUUGUGCUCGUUGAACACCAGCUUGGCCCAGAGGUGCUUCGAGUUCUUCACCAGAUCGGUGAGGCGGCUCUUCUUCUCGACGGGCGGGUGGCCGUAGACGGGCGCGGCGCCCACCUGCCGCUUGUCGCCGUCGAGGUGGUCGCCGACGCCGAAGGCGGGCGCGCCGUCGCCGGGCCGCUCCUCGCCUAUGGCGAGCUCCUGGAACUUGUUGGACAGGUUGUCGAGGAUGUCGCCGACGGUCUUCGAGGAUUUCGCCUCGAGCUCGUCCACCGCGUCCAUGGCAUUUUCGAUGAUCUCCGUGACCAGCUCGGAGGCGAUGACGUUGGCGAAGCUCUCCUCGCUUUUGCAAUUUUUCUCUAGCUUUUCGCAGUCGC